AUUUUAGCACACUACCACACCGCCCGGCUUUGGCGAUCAUGAGCACAGUGCGUGCAGAUCUAAAAUAGAAUUGUGAUUUUUAUAUUUUGUGACGUAUUAUCAGGGCAAACGAACUUUAAUCGAUCGUUACUAAGUAAAACAACAGUUUAAUUUUUGAGAGAAAACAUUAUUGUAGUGACAAAAACAUUGUAAUGUUUAAAUCUUUGUUAAAUUCUCUGAUAACUAAGGCCAGCUGUCAAGAGGUGGGGGGCUGGUUAUUUAAAAAGGGCAGACACCGAUCGACUAAAUGAGAUCUUCCUGAAGUACGCCACCGUCGAGAAGAACGGCGAGAAACUUAUCACCAGUGAGGAUUUUGUACGGAAGUAUCUCGGAUUAUUUGACGAAGAUGAUUACAACAAAGAAUCGGUCCAGCUCAUUGCGGGCAUCGUCGAUAUGGAUAAGGACGGGUACAUCUCGUUCUCGGAGUUCCAGGCCUUCGAGGGCCUGCUGUGCGUGCCGGACGCACUCUACAAGACCGCCUUCCAAUUGUUCGAUACGAAUGGCAAUGGGCUCGUCGCCUUUGACGAGUUCGCGGAGGUGAUGCGUAAGACGGUACUCCACAAGAAGUUACCAUUCAACAUGGAGAGCACCUUCGUCCGGCUUUACUUCGGCAAGGACAAGAAGCGUCUGGUGACAUACCCCGAGUUCAGUCAGUUCCUGCACGACUUCCACGAGGAGUACGGCGUGGAAGCCUUCAAGAAGUGCGACAAAGAUGGCAGCGGCUUCAUCACCGUUUCCGACUUCAGAGACAUCAUGCUUUCCGUUAAAAACCAUCUGCUUACUAAAGAUUUGAAGAAUAAGGUUAUUAAUGCUUCCGGCUUCCCGCAAGGUGAAAGGAAGAUCAGUUUUCCGUAUUACAUGGCUUUUAAUUCACUAUUAAAUAAUAUGGAAUUAAUAAAACGAGUAUAUCUGAAUGCAACAAACGGACAUCGGACACAAGAGGUCACUAAAGAGGAAUUCUUACACUCAGCACAGAUGAUGAGCCAAAUAACUCCUUUAGAAGUUGAUAUUUUAUUUACACUCUGCGAUAUGAUACAUCAUACUAAUGGGCGUAUUGUAUACAACGAUCUUAACUCAAUAACACCGGAGCAGUACUUCAAGCAAGUGACACGUAGAGUUGCAGAAAUCAAAGCGGUCUCGAGUCCUGAAGAAAGAAGCAUUCUCAUACAAAUCUUAGAGAGCACUUACAGAUUCACUCUCGGCUCGAUUGCUGGAGCCGUGGGCGCGUCAGCAGUGUACCCCAUAGAUUUAGUGAAGACCCGCAUGCAGAACCAGCGCACGGGCUCCUUCAUAGGCGAGGUGGCGUACCGCAACUCCUGGGACUGCUUCAAGAAGGUCAUCCGGCACGAGGGAGUGUUCGGCCUCUACCGCGGCCUCGUGCCGCAGCUCAUAGGAGUCGCGCCGGAGAAGGCCAUCAAAUUGACUGUGAACGACUUCGUUCGUGACAAAUUUAUGGAUAAGAAUGGCAACAUUAAUUUGUACGCUGAGAUUCUCGCCGGCGGCUGUGCCGGAGGUUCCCAGGUGGUGUUCACCAAUCCCCUGGAGAUAGUGAAGAUCCGUCUGCAAGUGGCGGGUGAGAUAGCUGGCGGGGGCAAGGUGCGGGCCUGGGCGGUCGUCAAGGACCUUGGGCUCUUCGGUCUCUACAAGGGGGCGAAGGCCUGCCUUCUCAGGGAUGUGCCCUUCAGUGCUAUAUACUUCCCCGCAUACGCUCAUGUUAAGGCGAAGUUCGCGGACGAGAACGGCUACAACCACCCGCUGACGCUGCUGGCGGCGGGCGCCAUCGCCGGCAUCCCCGCCGCCUCGCUCGUCACGCCCGCUGACGUCAUCAAGACACGUCUACAGGUGGUAGCCAGGUCAGGACAAACUACAUACAACGGUGUCAUCGAUGCCACUCGCAAGAUAUACGCCGAGGAAGGCGCGCGAGCUUUCUGGAAGGGAGCUGUUGCGCGUGUGUUCCGCUCGUCGCCGCAGUUCGGCGUCACACUCGUCACUUACGAGAUCUUACAGCGCUUAUUCUACGUCGACUUCGGCGGAUCCCGUCCGACAGGAUCAGAGUUACACGUGGCCACUCCGAUAGAGGAGACAAAGAAGAAGGCGGACCACAUCGGCGGCUACCAGGUCGCCACGCCAGUGCUCACUGGACUGGAGACUAAGUUCGGCAUCUGCCUACCCAGGUUCUCGUUCGCUAAGCCGCAGCAGUAAACAUCCAUACAUACACACGCCUCCAGACAUUUAGGUCUAGGGCUAAGUCUAGUCUUUUAGAUCACUAAAGUCUACAGACAAUUAGUCUCUAGGGCAAAGUUUUUAGGCCUUGGUCUAGAAGUCUAGUCUUUGCCCUAGGGCUAAAAUCUACAAACCUUGACCCCAGGUCAAAAAUGUACAGUCCUAGACUUAGGCCUAUUGUCUUAGGGCUUAGGGCUUAAGUUCAAAGACCUUCAGGACUAAGGCUAAAGUCUACAGACCUCUAGGCCUAGGGCUAAAGUUUAGUAACCUUCGAAUUAUACUAAGCUUUAGAUCGAUGUCAUAAGUCUUAGACCUAGGUCUUAAGUUCUACUACUAAAUCUACGUUUUUUGGACCUAGGUCUACAAUCUAUAGACGUCUGGACCUAGGUCCAUUAAAAUAAAAGGACAUUGACGCUAAUAACUAUGAAAGAGUAACAGACCUCUGAUGUUAAUUUAAACAAUUAAAUAGUGAAAUUUUGUUAAUACUUUAAACAAUAGUUAGGCAAUUGUAAAAUUCGCCAAAUUAACAUAAUUGAACGCCUACUUUUUCUUCUAAAUAGUUUGCUUUAUUCAAAAACUUAUUUAAAGACAGCCUAAUAUUCUAAAUUCAUACGCUUUGUGACUUUAUAGACUACAAUAUCUUUUCUAUAUUUUUUGCGAUUUCUUAAUGCCAUAUUAAUGUCGCUUUGUAAGAGGCCCAUUUUUUUAGCGAUUUUUAAUUUACUCGAAUACUUUAAUACUAUAAAUAAAUCAUUUUCUAGUAAAUUAUUUCAAGUGAAUGUUGACGGUUUUUUUUUCAGAUGAAAAAAAAUUUUUUUGUAUCCCUUAUUUCGAAAAUGGGCCUUUUACAUUAUUAAAAUCGACAUAAAUAGAUAGGUUCAAUCGAAAUAAAAAAAAUAGU